AUGGUGGCCGUCCUCUCUGCCCUUCUGGGCUUCUUAUAUCUAUCAGCUUGCGCCUCAAGCAACCCUCUCUUACCUAGAGGAGGGCGUUCACUCAACCUCAAUGUCGUCGACAAUGGCGGCCUUGGUUGGAGAAUGCCAUUCGACUUUCCGGAUCCCUCUGUGAUCCGGGGCCGGGAUGGUAGAUGGUAUGCCUUCGCAACUGAAGGCAACGGCAGGCCUAUCCAGGUGGCAUACGCAGAUGAUUGCUUCGGGCAAUGGCAUCUGCUGGACCACAACCCCCUCGAGCACAGCUCAUGGACAAGCGGCCGCAACACCUGGGCCCCAGAUGUCCGGGAACUCAAUGAUGGCAGCUACAUCAUGUACUUCACCGGGGAGGUGCCAAACAGCCACCGCCACUGCAUCGGCAUUGCCCGCUCCUGGGACAUCCUGGGCCCUUAUCGGCCUGACCCAAGCCCCUGGAUUUGCCCUUGGGACCAAGGAGGAGCCAUCGAUGCGUCUGGCUUCGUUGACCCCGGCUCUGGGGAUCGAUACGUCGUCUACAAGGUCGAUGGCAACUCCCGCGGAGCCCCCACGCCCUGCGGCACUGGCGUCGAUGACCCCAACAUGCGCACGCCCAUCAUGCUCCAGAGGGUCGGGUCAGACGGCUCGACCAAGCUGGGAGGUCCCAUCGAGAUCCUGAACCGCGUGCCUCAUCUGGACGGCGCCCUGGUCGAGGCGCCGAACCUGUCGCGCCGCCGGGACGGUACCUACGUGCUCUUCUACAGCAGCCACUGCUUCCAGGACCCCAGGUACGACGUCAAGUACGCCUACAGCGACAGGAUCGAGGGCCCCUACACCCGCGCGGGGGGCCCUCUGCUGCGAGCUCCGUACUAUGGCCUCCGUGCCCCUGGCGGAGCGACGAGCAGCGUCGAUGAGCAUGGCCACGAGUUCCUGGUCUUCCACGGCGAUUGCGGGGACUCUCGACGGUGUCUGUACUCGGCACAGUACUAUUAG